AUGAUCGCCAAUGGUUUGCCCGGUAACACUCACGUCGGCUUACAUGAGCCGAUCUACCUAGGUCCUUGCAACCGGAAACAUGAGGAGGAACGCCAUAAUGCGAGGCCCUUCUGCGAUCACUACCAGAAGGGUCGUUGCCAUGCCUAUCAACACUGCAAGUUUCUCCACGUCGAUUUCGGCCAGGACCCAGAUGACGAGGCCGUCCCCUGCAGCUACGGCCAGACCUUGACGCAUAGGCUCCCCUGCCGCAGGCUCGACGCCCAAGGACGCCUUACCACAGACCCCAACUGCGGACGGCACAUGUGGCUCCCCAGGGGCAUCCUCGAGGGCGACACCUGGAUAAGCCUAUGCUACCCCGACGGCACACCGAACCCCCGGGGCAUAGAGAUUGUGCACCGCUACAGGCCCAACUACAUCGCAGGGCCCCAGCCCUUGGCCUUCUCUCCUCAGUACUGGGACAAUCGCACUGCCGGCAACCACUGCUUGCCCCCGCCGCCGUUUGCCUCGGGCCCCCCUUUCUACAACCUCCCGCCCCCCGUGGGGCCUCCGCCUGAAUGGUUCGGCCCUCCGGCGAUGCCGUUUUUUCCUCAUCAUGAUAGUAACCAGCAGGUGGUCAACGCUCGGGGGGUUCCAUGUCAGACUCGAUCUCGUCGGCGGGAACGUCAAGCUGCUGCACCGGCACAAUGGUAUGGCGAAACAGCUACUCCUCUCAAGCCUCGUCCCAGGGUCAGACUGCCAGGCCAGUACUUCGCGGAUGAUGAAGACAAGACUGCCUCGGGCGACAUUGAAGAUGUGUCUGACGUGUUGGAAUGCGAAAAUCGGUCUGCCUCUUGCGAGCUUGAAAAUCAUUCAGAUUGGUCUACCACCGCGGAACACACAUCUGUACCUCCAGAUCCAGGGUCAGUGGCCGAGGAUGACGUGUCUCAAGGCGAAGCUCCCGACAACCAAUCUUCUGUUAUAUAUCUAACGCCCAAUCCACCAUUCCCGGAUGAUGGCACCCUACCGCGCCGUCUGGUUCGCUCCAGUUCUGCCGUUUUUUCUUCCAACCUCGAUUCUCAACCUCUUCUCACGAGACACUGUGUUUCAGCGCCUUCGUCUUGUCAUGCUGAAGAGGAAAUACCCAAGGUUGACGAAUCGGAUGAGACCGAGCCGGGUCUCGUCUCUCUAACCCACACUAAGCCCCUAUCCCCCAUUCAGCGCUCGCCUCCUCUCUACUCUGACGGCACCUCUGCCACACAGACUCCUGAUAGCACGGCCAGCUGUCUCUACACCUCAUCAUCUGCAGACUGCAUUUCAGACAUGGACGAAGACCAUCAACCAAAUACGAUGCGCGCAAGUUCCGUCCCGGAAAUCCCACACCCGUCGGCGCGUUCCUCCCCGUCGGCGCCAGCCUUCUCCUGGGUUGCGCAGACCAGGGACAAUGAACAUACCGCCGGCCUAGCCAAGGCGCCCAUCACAAGUCGUAUCUUGAACGACGUGGACUUUCCGGCCUUGCCUGCCGUUGGCAGCGUCAAACCCCAGAAGAAAGACAAGCCCGCCACGGCCAGCCGCGGCUCGUCUGAGAGUAAGGGGAAGAAGCGGUCUCACGCAAACUAA